GUGCGUACCAGUGUGGGCGAGCAUCACUUCGCCGCGAUGGCGAACGAAGCGCACGGGCGCGGAGAAGAAGCCGGUCUCGCGUCCAACUCCCUGGACCUGAGCACGUCUCUCGAGCGCAGCGUGCAAACGCGAAUCUUUAAAAUAAUCGUGAUCGGCGACUCGAACGUGGGUAAGACGUGCUUAACGUUUCGCUUCACCGGCGGCUCUUUUCCGGCCAAGACGGAGGCCACGAUCGGAGUGGAUUUCAGGGAGAAGGCGGUCGAAAUCGAGGGUGAGAGAAUAAAGGUACAGGUAUGGGAUACGGCUGGGCAGGAACGCUUCCGCAAAAGCAUGGUGGAACACUACUACCGCAACGUGCAUGCUGUUGUCUUCGUUUAUGAUGUCACCAAAAUGGCCUCAUUUGAGAACCUGAAGACAUGGAUCCAGGAGUGCAACGGGCAUCGUGUUUCUGCUUCAGUGCCCCGAGUCCUGGUCGGUAACAAGUGCGACCUGGUGGACCAAAUCCAGGUCCCGUCCAACAUGGCGCUUAAAUUUGCUGAUGCGCACAACAUGCUGCUGUUUGAGACAUCCGCCAAAGACCCCAAGGAGAGCCAGAAUGUGGACUCUAUUUUCAUGUGCCUGGCAUGUCGUUUGAAAGCCCAAAAAUCUCUUAUCUAUAGGAAUGUAGAAAGAGAGGAUGGGAGGGUGAGGCUCAACCAAGAACCUAAUCCCAAGACUAACUGUCCAUGCUGAAGACCUGUGAAGCCUAGAAUAAUCUUAAUCCUGUUUUCCACACCAACUGAGACUAAUGUUGAUAGCUGCAAAAAACAUGUGCCUGCAACUAAUGACAUUUUACAUUGAGGCUUUGGAUUGUCUGUUUGUCCUUGUGUAGCUUGUCUGUUUUAUCUCAUCAAUCACAUUGUAACCUAGGGACCUUGUUAUCCACAAACUACACUGCCAUGUAGUGUUUGAUUUGUUGUACAUUCAUUUUUAAUGGUAACAUUUCAGCUAAUAUUUGAAAAUAGACCUUUUAGUUCAGUAAUAUCCAUGUGUUUUAAUUUGUGUUUUAUCGCUGUUACAGAUUCAUCUCCCAGCACCAAUCAGCUCGAGAGAUUAUUGACUGCAAUAAGGCAUAUGAUGUAUCGCACCACACAUAAUUAUUUAUUAAUCUGUUUGCACUCGUGAAAUGAAUAUAAACUUAUUUAUUGGUCUUAAUUAGGUUUUACAUGAGCUGUGUAUUUAAUUGCAGAUUGGAAGGGUGGGGGUCAUGGAGGCCAUGCAAUUGUUUAAAUGCUUUAUUAAAACGGCUCAUAUUGAUGUUUAACAGUUCUUCGCAUUCGCCCAGUAGUGGAAGUAGUAGACAUCCUGAAUAGUUGCAUGUUGUGUUUUCAAUGAUGAUUACCCUGCAUGCCUAAAGUGUGAGCCAACAUAAGGAAAAAAUAUUAGGACAGCAAACGCUUGAGAUAAUUGAAAGGAAAUGAGAUGCUGAAAUUCCACAUCAGCACAUGCCUUGGACAGGAUCAUAUGCAGAGAUAGGAGCAAUAUGAUCACGAUCCAAGCUAACAGUCAAUGUGUUAUGUCACAUCCUAUUAAUAUUUUGCAGCAUUAAAUGAUUCCAAAUGUGUGAUCAACAACAUUUAACCAUAUAUAAAAGGGAUAAAAAAAAUAACUCUAAUCUAACAUCCGAUUAUUUUCCUGUGUGGUGAAUUCUCAAACUCAUACAAUUAAUUACUAAAACAGCAUUCAUUUUAAGAAACAGCCCAGAUGCUUUUUUAUCAGAUUGUGUGUAUUUGAAUCAGCAUUUGUCAGUUUAAAAGCUGAGAAAUUAUUUUCUUUGCACAUCAAAGAACUGUGUACAAAUGGUAUAUGUUAAUUGUUCACUCGAAGUAAAGUUAAACGUGUUAUGUGUAACGCAUAGCUUGGGGUCAUAGUUAUUGUGCCUUCUGCGUAGCUAAAUGUGUUUUAAGCUUGGAGCAAUAGCGUUAUCUCUUUUCAAGCAUCUAUAGUAUUUGUGUGAUGCAUUAUUUAUACCUGCUGACCAAGCAGCUCAAUAUCCAUUACUCCUUAGAAUGGAUCCUAAUAUAAUGUUAUUACAAACACUAGUACUGGGAUACAUCCCAUAUUAUACAAUUAUUCUAUUUAAUAAGGAAUUAAUCACUCAACACAUGCUUUUGUAGCAAAAUAAUCAACAUCAGGGAAGUGUGUUGUGUUUAACAGUGCAAACAGAAGUGUUUUAUUCCAAUUAUACCACAGCACAUAACCAAGGACUAAUUUGUUUUAUUCAUUUAAGAAUGACAUGUCUUACUUUUUUUUUCAUUUAUAUUUAAUGUGGAACAUCAUGUCACUUAUAUAGGUUAUAGCAGUUACAAACGGCCAUUUACUUACCAGCAUGUUGUAUUUUCUCUUAUACACAUUUAUGUGGAGCUUCCACCAUACAAGUUCCAAUCAGUAACAUCUGUGAAAAGAAUCACAUUGAUAUAAACAUUGCACUGUCUGGUUCACACUGUUAUAGAAAAUGAUUCCUUAUGAUCUGUACCAAUCACAAAAAAAUUAUUUUAAAAAAAAGUUUCUUUAACAAAGAUGAGUUUUUUUGUGAUCAUGGAAAUGUUUCUGGAUUAAGGUAUUGUUACUGCAGACAUUUUAAAGUGAUGGCUGCACCCAUGUGUAUAACCUCAGCCAGACUAUGUUCCUGUGCACUGUGCAGUGUUUCCUGUGCAUUCUCUAUGAUGCAUUGUGUUUGUUUUCUUGAAUUGUCAUGUUUUUCAGACACCCGCAUUUGCAAAGCGAUGUGUUCCUGUCUAGUUCC